AUCAGAAAGCAAUCAACUUUAAGUAUUAGAACAGCUGCUUCAACAGUCUCCAAAUCACACACAACAAAAUGUUUGCCAAAUUGUUCAUCGUCGCCCUUGCCGUUGUCUGCGCUCCGGCUUUUCUACUAACUCCUCGUUCUCUUGACUUCCCGGUGGCCUACACUUCAGGAGUUGUGCCGUCCGUUGCGUACAGCGCUCCAGUUGCCUCGUACUCGACCUACUCCGGCUCACCAGUCACCUACUCAACGUACUCCGGCAGCCAGCGACCCUAUAGUGCCUACAGUGCCCCAGCGCUGCGAUCUUCAUUCUAUUACAAUUGACGUGCCGCCGAAGUCUAAGGAUCGCGAUAGAACCUCACUCCCUAUGAAACACACUGGAAGCGAUUUCAUGUAACAUUCUGUACAAUAAAUUUACUGGAAUUACUUUCAA